CGGAACAGAACUGCCACGAUUCACGAUAAUGCACCAACCAUGGACGGAGACUAGAUUUCCAACUUAUUAAUGCAAAUAAGUUUACUUUAUGCAGUCAGUGUAGGAACUUGCACACAGAUGUUCUGGAGUUAUUAAUCAACAAACGCAAAUGCAAAUAUUUGCUGAAUCUGAUUUUUUUCGCCCGAGGCUAGAAAAAAUUAUAUACAGAAUUACUCACAAUGGUUACGGCGGACUUUGUAUCCAACAGGCAUUUCGCUGCCUGUGGUAUUAUAGAAUCGGUGGAGCCUGUAAAAGGCUCAGGCUCGGAAAGAUCGAAAGUUCUGAUUGCUUCAUCAGCGACCUAUCCCACCAACGAUAUGGAUAACAACGGGAAGAAUAAGAGAAGACGUAACGGUAUCCCAACAUUUAUCAACGCUGUAACUGGACGGUUGACAGGUACCUCUUGGGCAAUCAUCGUUACUGCCAUCGUCUUUAUUCUCUACAUCAUUACGAGAGAGAACAAAGGUGGAGGAUCCAUGAAUGAUGAUGGUAUGGGGGGACGAGCUCAAAAUCCAAAGUUCCAUCAUGUUUUGGAUCAAAUGGUGGAAUUAACAAGUAAUGGUGCUGACGGGGACGAUGGAGUUGUGUUGGACCUUAAAAACAAGCUUAAAGGUUUUGACAACAUAGACUCCAGCGAUUUGAAAAUUGAUUUUCCCGAUAAACCACCGGCAAUAAAGAAAGGGCUGCCCGCUCCGAAGCCCAAGGAGUUCCCAGUUGAUGUGAUCUACAAGCCGGACUUACAAUGCCCGGACGAACCACACAUAUUGUUCCUUGUGACGACUACUCCGGAGGAAGUCCUUGCCCGGACCGCAAUCCGGCGUUCAUGGGGAAAUCGGAAGGGAGUCUCCACGGCGAGUAUACUCGGAAUGACGUGGCGGACAGUGUUCGUCAUGGGCCGAAGCAAGAUCAAAGACGAACAGAUCAAACGGGAAGCACAACAUUUUGGUGACGUCUUGCAAGGUGAAUUCGAAGACAUCAAGACAGAAGAAACCCGUAAGAUUAUGAUGGGUUUCCAAUGGGCUUCCAAUGAUGUCAUACGUACCUGCCAACCCAAGUAUAUAUUCAAGACCAAUGUAAAGGUCUAUAUCCACGUCCCACUCGUCAUCCAUUGGAUCCAGGAUAAACUCGGCAGUGCUCCCAACCUAUACGUCGGCAAAUUGCUCCGUGAGGACCACCCGAUCCGGGAUAAGCUCGAUCCGUAUUUUGUGCCACGCCCUGAUUAUCCGGGAAAUGUGUUCCCGAACAUGGCCCGAGGCCCUCUCUACAUGAUCUCAAUGGACGUUGUGCAGAGGAUGGUGACUAAGUUUGGACAGGUAACACCAAUUGCUAUGGAAGAUGCGUAUGUCGGUCUCCUAGCAGCCAGUGUCGGGGUGCAACUCACAGAUGAUGAUCAUUUUGUCCUCAUUAAGAAACCGUCAAAUUUCUGCCACUACCGGAACAUGAUGAUCGUCUUUGACAUUGAACCCACUGAAAUAAUGAGUGUAUACGACGUUGUAGAGCAGGGACACAGGAAAUCAGAAUGUGGGGAUCGGGGCUUCUAGUAUAUCAAGAAAAACAGUGCUAUGAAUAUUUCAGAAAAUUAUGAAACUUUUUUAGGGGCCUCCUAUAUGGGGACUCAUGUUUUCUCUUAAUAACACGUAAACAAAUACAGACGUUGCCCAUUAAUGCUUGAAAAACUAUUCUCGAAAAGUAGCGGUAUUAUAUUUAGGACAAUAUUAUUUUUAGGGUGACGCAAGUUUCUAUUUCACUCCAAAAGUGCUUUCUUCGUGGUUAAAACAAAAAUAACGAUUAGUAUGAUGUAUAUGUUUGAAAAUAUUUUAAUCCAUUACUUUUAGUCUAGCAUCCAAUUGUAAUAUUAUUAUAUGUAAAUCCGUCGCGACGGUACAAACAACAAAACAGCUGGUCAUGCCAAAUGAUCUAUGACGUCACUAGAUUAUUGAACGUCCACGGGAAGGGUGCUAUUGUUUGGAUUAGGCAAUUAUUUUCUUAAAAACGGCUCGAUAUUUUAUUGUUGAGUCGGCAGUGUGAUGUGGUGAUCUGAGUCUAAGUGUAUUUGUUGGGGGGGGGGGGGGUCUGCUGCCGAAAAGUCUUAUCAGUUUACUGGUACGGGAGUCACCAAAGCAUGCUCGACCUUUAUCCUGAUAAGUUUAAUUGGUUGUGUGGAUCGUAGUUGUAAUGUUUAAAGAUCUCCGAAAUAAUAUCAUUACUCUCAUUUGAUAAUAUACUUAAUAUAAUAAACAAUAACAAAAGAGGUGGAAAACUGUAUUUCAAUAUAAUUUUCAUUGCAUUUGAAGACUUUAAUACCAACAUCAUGGAACGUUUAAUGUGCCCCAAAAUCAACAUUUCUACUUCACAAAAAUUAUAUGUUUUUCAAAUUCGGUAAAAAUGUGGGAACAAAUUUGUAAACUUUAGGGAAAAAAACAGGACACAAAUUUGAAAAAAAAAAUGAAAACGUCAGUAAAAAACAUCCAGUAUAUUUGGUUUGCUGUUGUACAGCUUAAAGGUAGAUACAGGAUUGGUAAGGGUGAAUAACAUCAAUGGUUAUUUAGUCUGAAAGCUCACUGAUUAUGAAAUUCAUACAAGAGCCAUUCUUCUUCAAAAUGUUUCCUUUUUAAAUGAAGUCAUAUUCAAGAAAACUGUAUAUGAACCUUUCAACAUGCAAAAACUGAUUUCGGUUGUUACAACAAAACUAGGGCAAAGUGUUUGCAUGCUCGAAUUGUCCAUGUAUUUCACGACUCGCACAACAGAUUAAACCCAACUUUUAACAGGUUUCCUGUCUGCAGUUAUUUUGUCAGCUCUACCAAUCCCGUAUAACGCAUUAAGGAAGAAAGAGUAGCAAGAAAGGCAACAGCGAACAACAUUUUAUUUUCAGGCAUGAAAUGUUUCAGCUAAUAUCCUUUUGUUUUGCUCAGCCUUGAAAUUGAAAAACACCCUACAACAUCUUGUGCAGGAUAUGUUAUCUCUAUUUGGUACUUUGAAUGGGAUUUAUACUCACAAAAUGUUUCAAUAAAUAAGUAAUACUGUACAAAUAUACAUGUAGCUCUUACAUUGGAAAAUAUGGAGUAUGCAAAACAUUUUGUUUUAGUUAUAAUUAAUAUGACUUCAACUACUCGUGCACAAACACAAUGUUCAGUUUGAAUGCAACACUAACAAACUUUGAACGACUGCACAAUGUGCAUUGCUUAAUGCAUAGCUUGGACUUGCAUGUAGUUUCAUCAAGUUGCUUUGCACACAAAUUUAAUUAAAAUGUCCCAUUGUAGAUUUGCUGACAUUAAGAUACCCAAGUAACAAAACAAAGCAAAACCUUGCAUCGCACCGCAAGGCAUCAGUAAAAAAUAAUCAUGUCAAGUCAAAUACUGGUCCUGUGCCAAAUUUUAUUCUGCAGUACUUGUCAAGCGGGUCUUUAAACUUUGGUGUACGGCACCCAAUUUCAUGAAGCUGUUGUAGCAGAAAAGGGUGUUUAUCAGGGAAC